AUGUCUUACCUUCAGAAUCAACUCAAGAGCUUCAACGCCAGUGUGAUGGAGUCGGCGAACCGCAUGCCUCAGCAAAGACGUAUGGCCAACAACGGUCCAGCUUCCGCCACCAGCUCGCAGGUUCCUUCGUCUGUUCCGACUCCAUCCUCGACCGCCGAUCCGAAGAAGAAGCGCCAUGAUGUGGACAUUGUUUACUCCCAACCGGCGAACACGGGAACCGGAAAAGAUAUCAUGACCCAGGUGCUUUUCGCGAUCGAGCACAUGAAGACAAAGGGCAUGCCGCUGAAGUUUGCCGACAUCGUGUCCUACUUGUCCCUUCAGCAUCGAGCGAACGACCCAGGCUAUGUCCAAGCACUUCGGCGAAUUCUCCAGAAGCACGAAAAGGUUGACUUCGACCCCAGUGGUGCAGGUGGCGAAGGCACCUUCAGCUUCCGCCCCCCACACAAUGUGCGCAAUCCGGAGCAGCUCCUUCGGAAGCUCCAGUCACAGACCACUGCUACUGGCAUGAGUGUGCGCGAGCUGCGGGAGGGCUGGCCGAAUGUCGAGGACGCCAUCAACCAGAUGGAAAAGGAAGGGAAGCUUCUGGUGACUCGCAACAAGAAGGACGACCAUGCCAAGAUGAUUUGGGCAAACGAUCCUUCACUAAUUGAGCAUUUCGACGAUGAGUUCAAGCAGAUUUGGGACAAGAUCAAGAUCCCGGACCCGCAGGCUGUCAAGGAGGCCCUGGAAAAAGCUGGCAUCACCCCCACGAACAAGAACAAGGUGGUCAAGCCGCGAGUCAAGGUGGAGGCGAAGAAGACCAAGAAGCCACGCCGCAGCGGCAAGACGACCAACACUCAUAUGAUGGGUAUUCUGAGGGACUAUUCGCACCUCAAGCGGUGA